AUGUCGCAAGAAGUUCAGUUCAUAAAAAUAACUUAUAUAUAUGCAUAUAUGUAUAUAUUUAUAACUGUCGACUUGAAAGGCAGACAAAUUCGAAGCGAUUACAAAUGUGGACAAUGUGUUACGGAAAGUGAGUCGGCGAAAAUGGGGGACACAUUACAAGAAAAAGUCGUGAGAUAUGGACAAGAAUCGGUACCGAAUCGAGGCAGACACGAGAUGGGAAAAGAUGAAGAUGUAGGCAGGUCAGGGGAUGGAAUGACCUGGAAGCCUCAGGAUGCAGAAUCAUUAUGGCCAGAAUAA